AUGGAGAUAGGGGAAAGGAACCUCUGGAGUAUUGUACACCCGUCUCUCCUCUCUGCAGUUUACUUCUUCACCUUCCUGGGCUUGGGGUCCUGGUGGGCAUGUGCUCGAUCCUAUGGCCUCUUCUUCUUCAGACACUUGUGCCUGCUGACGUUGUUCUUCAGUGGUGGCCAUCUGGCCCUGAUCUACAUCUACCAGCUGCCACUCUUCCAGGGGCUACUCCCACCCAACAAUUUUUGGAUGAGAUUGCUUGGAUUGACAGCGGUGAUUCACAACGACCUCUCGGAACCGUGGCGAUUAAUGACCUGCUCAGGGCUUCGCUGGCCAGUCCUCCUGAACCCCGUCGCUCUCCUCAUUCUGUACUUCACCGUCGCAACCAUAACUCGGCACCUUCUCCUCGGCGAAGAGUCUGGGGCUGGAUGUCCAAGGAUGGAAAUCAGCUCCGUGCAAAAGCAGGGGGACAAUGUCAAUGCCGAAGCAAACUUGCAGAUGAUUGAUGGUGAGAACAAAGAGCAGCCAUUGAUUUAUCCAAGAAGUGACCAGACAGUGGAUCCGGCUGUUCCCUUCCAUGUACGACAACAGAACAAUAACUGCCUGCCAGUACAGAUGAACUGCUCUCCAGAGUACACUUCUUGUUCCUCUGCCUCUGGUGCCUGCCAGGAGAUGGAAAUGUCAGAGGAUGACACUGGGAAGCCAUCCAGCAGCUUCUCGAUCAUUGGCCACAUGGUGAUGCAGCAGAGCUAUACCUGUGCUCUCAUCUUCAUGAUGGUCUGGAGCAUCACCUACAACAGUUGGCUGACCUUCGCCCUUCUGAUCUGGUCCUGCGUGAUCUGGAUGGUCCGGGAUCGGCAGCGCUGGACAAAGCUGAGUUCUCCAGUUUUGGUGAUCUACGGGAACCUGCUGGUCACUCAGCAGUUCUUCGUGGGCCUGCAGCUCACCGAGGACGAGCUCUUCCCUGGGGUGUCUGACAACAUCCUCAUCGACUUUGACCUGAAGAAGUCAAAUACACCGUGUGUACACCUGGCUGCCAAGAUCUUCUACACGUUAAUGUUCUGGCUCUUGCUGCACCAGCACUUGGUCGAGAAGGAGGAAAUGAGUAAAAGGAACCAGGGCUCACUCAGUGAAGUCAGAGUUCAGGGAACAGAAGGUACACAGAAGGAUGUGACACUGAUGACAAUGGUCGGAAGUGUUGUUAAGGGAUUAUUGAUAAAAUACUGGAUCUGUUUCUGCACAGCCAUGUUCUUCAUCGUUAGCUUCAAUGGCAGAGUCGUGGUCUACAAGAUCCUCUACAUCAAGCUGUUUCUUUUCUGCGUGGCUUUAUAUCAGAUCCAUUAUGACUGGUGGCGCCGGAUCCUGAGGUACUUCUGGAUUACUGUUGUGUCUUAUUCAAUGGCAGUGCUCAUCGCUAUCUACACAUACCAGUUUAAGACAGUAUCCUGGCUCUUUCAGCAGACAGUGGGAAUGUCUGAGGACAGUUUAAAGGACCUGGGGUUGGAGCAGUAUGAUACAGCCGAGCUGUUUGCAAGUAUCCUUCUUCCUUCAGCCUUCCUCCUGGCCUGCAUCCUCCAACUUCAUUACUUCCACAAUCCAUUUCUCAGCCUGACUGAUUUAAGGCAUGUCAGCCCCAGCCAAGAUAACGUCAUCUGCAGCAUUAAAGUUCAAGCUAGGAAGCUGAGCAUGAGGUUGAAUGACGAACACAGUGAAAGCAUUAGGAACAGGAGUGACACCUUGGAGAAGCUCAGCUUCGAAGACAAGGACCUACGUUUGGAGGUAGAGGUUGAGCCAGAUAAUAAAGCAAGCCCCUGUCCCUGGAGUAUGGUGAUUGACAGACUGACCACCCUGUUUCUGAAGUUCCUGGAGCUGGUGAACAAAGCUCAGGUCUUGGUGUGGAGACUACUGGAACUUCACAUCAUCAAGAUCGUCUCGUCCUUUAUCAUUUGGAUCACACUGAGAGAGAUCUCGUUGAUGAAUUACGUCUUCCUAAUCCUCUGGGUUUUUGCCCUGCCCUAUUCCUCAUUCCGUCCAUUGGCAUCCAGCAUUUCUACUCUCUGGGCUUGUGUCAUGAUUAUUUGUAAGAUGAUGUACCAGCUAAAGGCUGUGAAGAUAUCUAAAUACUCUAGGAAUUGCACUCUGAAUGGAAGCCAGGAGCUGCAGUCCACAUCCACUCUGUACGCAGGACCCAUUGACCCUGUGUAUUGGUAUGGAGCACUGAGGAAGUGUGAAGAUGAUGUCCUGCCCUGUCUGCAGAGCCACCUGAUUAUCCUGGGUUUGCUGGCAUUCGAAGUGACUGUUUAUCGCCAUCAGCAGUACUACAGGCUCCAGAAGGGGUUAAAGACACCCUUGACAGGGACCCUGCUAGACAACAUCACUCGGCUACAUUUGGACGAUGGAUUAUGGAACUGCAUCAAAUACUUCAUAAACUAUUUCUUCUACAAGUUUGGGCUAGAGGUUUGUUUCAUGAUGGCCAUCAACUUGGUUGGGCAGCGAAUGGACUUGUACUCUGCAAUUCAUGCCUUGUGCCUGACCGCCAUUGUCCAGCGGCGUCGCAGGAAAGCCAUUGCUGAGAUAUGGCCCAAGUAUUGUUGUUUCAUCGCCUGCAUCAUUUCAUUCCAGUACCUGCUGUGUCUCGGGAUCCCUCCCUCGUUUUGCAAAGAUUAUCCUUGGAGAUCCAGCCUUGGCCUGAGUUCCAAUCUGAUUAAGUGGCUGUAUCUGCCAGACUUCAUAAGGAGACCCAAUCCUAUGUUCCUUGUCUAUGACUUCAUGUUGCUGUUGUACGCGUCCAACCAGUGGCAGGUGUUUGAGGAUGAGAACAAAGGAGCAGUACGGCUUCUGGCCGGGGAGAACACAGAGAUCGGCCGUAGUCUGGAUACAGCCACAGUCAAUCAGUACAUCCCCGUUGCCAACUUCCUACACUGCAGGUGUUACUUAGACAUGUUGAAAGUGGUGGUCUUCAGCUACCUGUUCUGGUUUGUACUCUGCCUCAUCUUUAUCACUGGCACAAGCAGGAUCAGCAUCUUCUGCAUGGGUUACCUGGUGGCCUGCUUCUACUUCCUGCUCUCCGGAGGACAGCUGCUGCUGAAACCUGUCAGGGUUAUAGUCGACCACUGGGACUACUUGAUUGGCUACACUAUCCUGGUGAUUGUGACAAAGAAUGUCUUCUCUAUUGGCUCCUGUGUCUACUUGAAAAGCUUGCUUGAGGGGAACUGCUGGGUGGUGCAGACGUUUGGAAUGGCUUGUACGAUCACGGAGUAUGAUCUGCCAAAUACGGACAACCUGCAUGAAGCCUGUGAAGUCCCAAGCAAGCAGGCGGGCAUUAUCUGGGAUAGUGUCUGCUUCCUCUUCCUACUAGCCCAGCGGAGAGUCUUUCUCAGCUACUACUUUCUGCAUGUGGUCGCAGAUCUGAAGGCUUCAAAGCUCCUGGCAGCAAGAGGAGCUGAACUGUUUGAAGCAAAAGUUAAAAAAGGAAUCACAAUGAGACUGGAGAAAGAACGACGAUCCAUGGAGAUGCUGAAGAAACAGAUGGAAAGGAUCAAAGCCAAACAGGAGAGGUACAAGAAAUCAGUACCGAGAUCUGUCAAUAACUUACACAGGAUCAGAAACUCAAAGCCAGAUGGUGAGGAAUCAUCUCCAGAUAAUAAAAAAGACACAGAUAGCCAGAAGAAUUGGUGGCAGCCCUGGGUAACUCAUAAUUCAAUGAUACACAGUGGGAGCUACUACCUGUUCGAUACUGAUAGUGAGGAUGAGACAAAGGAGGAAAAUGAAAUUGCUAAAGAUGAAACUCAGAAAUCAUCAGCGUUCCAGUUUGCUUAUAUAGCCUUAGUCAAAGACUCUAAGGCAGCAGUGAAGGAGAGACACAAGGAGCUGAAGCAGGUGAAGAGAGCACAGAGGAGGAAGGAGAGGAUGCAGCAAGAUGUGAGCAGAUUUGAUUCAAGUGAAGAUGAGCUGGAUCUCUUGAGCACAGAGGAACUGGAUUCCCAGCACCCAGACAACCUCAUCAGACAAGGAGUCAACAUCAUGACCUUCACCUGGAUGUUUCUUCAAGCACUGGUUGAUGGUUUGAUUGAAUUACUUAACACCAUCUCCAAAGAUAACAUUGAUAUCUCCACUGUGCUGAGGAUAGAGAGAUCCAUUUUAAGAAGAGAAUUAAAACAGGGAAAGGUUCCAGACCAGGACAGUAUCCAUCGCUUUUACAAUGCCAAACUGAAAAACCAAGCAUCCUGCAGCUCUGACAAAGAAUGGACACAGAACAGGACGAUGGAGAGAGAGAGAACGGCAGCAUCAGGUUUCCGGAAACUGGCCAGUAUUAACUCCAUGCUCUCCAGGGACAGCAGUGUCUCAAGCUGUAACACUGAAGUCACUACACUGGGCUCCAGACAGCCUACCUGCGAUGAUGUAGAUGAGACUGAGGGACCCAUCACUGAGGUCCCAAGGCCCAGCAGUUACAGUAGGCGGACACUGCAGAAGAUGCCCCAGAUUGACAUGUCCUUGGACAGUGAAAUCUUGAGUGCACCAGCCCAGUCUGUCUUGCUACAUUCACCGCAGGGAACCAUAGAGGAAGAGGAAGGUGAAGACAUUGCCGAAGGCUGCAUAACUCUGUGUUCUCACAAAUCUGAUAUCCCGCCUGGCUACAACACAGUAGUAAGCCGCCUCUCUGAGGAGAACUUGUACUCAGAGCCUGAAGAGCAGACAUUGAAAACAGACCAAGUAACUCUUGACUAUGAGAGCCGUCUCCUAACAGCAAGUGACCUGAUGCUCAACAAAAUGUUCCAUGAUACUGAGCUGGAGGAGUCGGACAAAUUCUACAGUAACUUGCCUUGCCUCUUGAAGCUUCUGUUUGCCUUGUACAACACCAUGAUGUCGCAGUCGGACAUGUUGUGCUACUUCGUCAUAAUCCUCAACCACAUGGUCUCCGCCUCAUUGCUCACCUUGGUUCUGCCCAUCCUUGUCUUCCUCUGGGCGAUGCUCUCCAUUCCAAGGCCGAAGAAACGGUUCUGGAUGUUUGCCAUCCUGUACACCGAGAUUACAGUGGUUGUGAAAUACUGCUUUCAGUUUGGCUUCUUUCCUUGGACCACCUCUUCCUAUCGAUUGCUUUACUUCAAUCGACCUUUCUACCUGCCUAACAUCAUCGGCAUCGAGAAGAAGGAUGGUUACGUACACUAUGACCUUAUCCAGUUGCUGGCUCUGUUCUUGCAUAGCGUCACGGUCUGUGGGAUUCCAAUGAUUCACAGAAGGAGCAGAAACAAGCCAAAGGAGAAGCGAAGAAAGAGAACGGCUGCACUGAGAGCACAGAGGACAAGGCAAGGGCCACAGGGAGGAAAGGCGCUUCCAGGCACUUGUCAAGACGACUGGACAGGGGAGAACAAAAAUUUCAAAGCGAUCGAAAAAGAAGAAAAGGCGACAACCAAGGUCGUGCAGUGGGUUAAGAGAAACCAUCAAGGAAUGGAUAAGGGAGAAAGGGCGGAAAGUGAAACAGUACAUCAUCAUCCUCAGGACAGCAACCCAAAGCACACUGCCAGAGCAACCAUGGAAUGGCUUCAAAUGAAGAAAAUUGAUGUCCUUGUGUGGCCCAGUCAGAGUCCUGACCUUAACCCGAUCAAACAUCUCUGGCAAGACUUCAGAGCUCUUCAGAUCUUCCUGCCCGUGAAGCAAUUUUUCUACAACAUCAUCCAUCCGGAGUAUAACGCUGUGUGCGAUGUCUACGCUCUAAUGUUUCUGAUUGACGUCAUUAACUUCACCAUCAUUGUUUUUGGAUACUGGGCAUUUGGAAAACACACGGCUGUGGCUGACAUCACAGAGUCCAUCUCAGAGGACCACGUGCCCCAUGUCUUCCUGGUGAUGGUGCUGGUCCAGUUUGCCAGCAUGGUGGUCGACCGUGCUCUCUACCUCCGCAAGACCGUCCUGGGGAAAGUAGUCUUUCAGGUCGUUCUGGUGCUUGGAAUCCACUUCUGGAUGUUCUUUAUUCUCCCUGGGAUAACGGAGAGGAGGUUUAACCAAAACCAAAUUGCCCAGCUAUGGUAUUUCGUUAAGUGCAUUUACUUUGGUCUUUCGGCAUAUCAGAUCAAAUGUGGCUACCCAAACCGAGUCCUGGGCAACUUCCUGACAAAGAGCUACAACUACUUCAACCUCUUCCUCUUUCAGGGGUUCCGGUUGGUUCCGUUCCUGAUGGAGCUGAGAGCGGUGAUGGACUGGGUCUGGACAGACACCACACUCAGCAUCUCCAGUUGGAUUUGUGUGGAGGACAUUUAUGCCAACAUUUUCAUCCUGAAAUGCUGGAAUGAAUCAGAGAAGAGAUAUCCGCAGGCAGUUGGCCAGAAGAAGAACAUGUUGGUGAAAUACGGGAUGGGGGGCCUCAUCAUUACUUUGCUGAUCUGCAUCGUAUGGUUCCCACUGCUCUUCAUGUCAUUGGUCAAGUCUGUGGGGGGAGUGACCAGUCAACCCCUGGACGUCUCCAUCAAGAUCAGCAUUGGUGGAUAUGAGCCUCUGUUCACAAUGAGUGCACAGCAGCAGAACCUCAGUCCCUUCUCCACUGCCGCUUACAAUCGUCUCACCAGUCAGUAUGCCCUUUACCCGUCUGCAAUGCAGUUUUUGGUGAACUACAAGCCUGAAGACAUAAUGAUAGCUCACAUGAAGAGUGAUGCCCACUUGCUGUGGAGCAUUAGUCCAGCUAGCCUCAGGGCCAUGAAAGAGGAAAUAAUCAACUCUUCGCAGGUUCACGUCCACCUUCACUGGACCAUCUUGAGGAAUGCUUCUCUCAUGCUGAAUCCUGAAACUUUUGGAAAACACACUGUGCUCUGCACAGACAAGGAAGUCAGAAAGGAGUUGGUUCAGCUCUUGGAAGGGUUCCAUCAGAAGCCCGUGGUAAUUCAGGGAUUACUCCCAAAGUACAUUCGAGCAACGCACGAGACUGAAGCCAAACCAGCUUAUCGUCUGCGAUUAGGUACACGUGCUUCUAGAAAUAACCAGGACAACCUUGCCUUCUACAGGAAUAUCUCUCUGCAGUUGGAAGAGGAACCAGGGCAAGGCAACACCUCAUACACCAAAGUUAAGUGGUGGAAGAUCAAAGAAUGGAGCCCCCACUGUGCAAUCCAGGGUUGCAGCAACAUGGAACUCAUCAUCUUCAAUGAUAAAGUCAGCCCUUCCAGUCUGGGCUUCCUGGCUGGAUAUGGAAUCAUUGGUCUGUAUAUGUCUGUUGUGCUUGUCAUUGGGAAGUUUGUCCGUGAGUUCUUCAAUGGCAUUUCCCGCUCCAUUAUGUUUGAGGAGCUACCCAACCCCAAUCGAAUCUUGAAGCUCUGCACUGAUAUCUUCCUGGUCCGUGAGAUGGGGGAGUUGGAACUGGAAGAACAACUCUUUGCCAAACUCAUUUUCCUUUACCGAUCUCCUGAGACCAUGAUCAAGUGGACCCGGGAGAAACAGCAUUGACUGAUUCAGGCUAAGCUGAACUGUUUGGACACUCAGAAAAGGGCCGAUUACAUAGAGGGAACUUUAUACAGUCCUGGGUUCCUUCAAACUCUUUGUUACAAUGCCACAAAUGAAAGAAAAUUUGCAUGUUUGCUGGCUUCAGAAUGCACUAGAUUGAACCUUUUGUUUGUCAUAUAUACCCCAGAGGUGGCACCUGCUCUGUAAGUGGGCAGGAACUAGCGUCUGCAGUAUAGGUCAACUCAGUUGCUGCCAAAAAGAACAUUACCUCUCAGAUGACUCUGGUCUCAGGCAUUGUACAGUUUUAUAGUCAGUGCUAUCUUGCGUUUCAAGAACCUACACCUCAGAAAUAACAGGAAAAGACAGCUGUAAAUGAGAUUAAUGGUUUGGCACCAGUUCAUCCUCCUCCCUCCCCGGUUUAAACGCCUUUCCUUUCUCUGUCAGCAACUCACCAUUUGCUGCUGAGCACUCAAAUUGUGUAGCUGCUCGACACUGAUACUGCCUGACUCGUGGUGCAUUGGAUGUCAAUUGAUAAAGGGCAAGAGUACUUUGGCAUAGAAGCUGACUCAGCUGCCUUGCCACCUCAAACAGGUUCCAGCAUCUCUAAGAGAAACUUACUUUACCUGCAUUGUAAUUAUGGCGGUGAAUUCAGUUUUACGGUGGAAAAGAAUGGGAUUUACUCCAGAGCUUCCUGUCACAGCUGGGUGCAAUUGAAGGAACAGCAGGCACGUCCUGUAAACAUAUACAGCAGCUGUACAGGCAGUCCCCACGUUGCCAACAACCGACUUAUGAACCGAGAAAGGAGAACACCAUCCGCCAUUUUAAGUCGGAUCACAAUGCCGUCCACUUUAAGCCAUUACCAUUGAGACACGGUGUAACUUUGUAUUUGGCUUAAAUUUUUCUUAGCAAGAUUCACCUUGACCCCCCCCCCCCCCCGCCCCUUUUCCCAUCAGCACCGCCCCUGGUUAUUCCAUUUAACCUGUCUCAGUGUGGUGGACUUUAGGACACAGCGGAGCUUGGGACUCGCCGCCCACAGUGUUUGUGUUCUGUUGACGGAAAACGAUCACAAUUGAAAAUAAAGUGGAAAUAAUAAAACAAUCGGAAAGAGGUGAAACACCAUCGGUCAUUGGAAAAGCGUUAGGCUACAGUCGGUCAACGAUCGGAACAAUUUUAAAGGAUAAAGUGAGAAUAAUGGAGCAUGUGAAAGGCCCUGCCCUGAUGAAAGCUACAAUUACUAAGCAAUGCAGUGGUUUAAUUAUUGAAAUACAUACACUUGUGUUUUAUAUGCACAGAAAGGUAAAAUAUAUACUAUAUAUUAAGACAAACAUUUGACUAACUGACACUAAAUUAUACCGGAUGUACCUGUUCCGACUUACAUACAAAUCCGACUUAAAGAUGGUCUCAGGAACAGAACUCGUUCAUAACCCGGGGACUGCCUGUACGUGGGAAAACUAGCAGCAAGGGUCACACAUGCACUUCUUUCUCCUUUCCAGCGGGACUUCCCGAUGAGGUUUAUUCUGGAGUGAUACCCCAUGUUCACAGGUUGUGUGGUUCCAUAACCUAGCACUUUUAGAGACCUUGCACAUUGAGCAGGCUGGUGCUUCAGACUGAUGGGGGGAAAGAGAGUACUUCUGCUUUGCAACAGAGGUUAAAAUUGUCAGUACUUUGGAAUACAGGAAAAGGGAAUGUCUACAGAUUAUUAUUUCAUUAAAUGGCUGCACAGACAUGCAGUAAAUAACUAUUUCCUGUUUCUAUGCCAUCAGCACACCUUGCAUUUCUAUAAAUAAACCUUGAAACUGUUACUUAUUUUAAGAUGGGGUUCUGUGUUGGUCUCUCUGCAGGUUUUUAACAUUGUCCAGUUUGGAAGAACAAGGUGGGGUAUAAUAAAAUACUGAGUAGGCACAAUGGGCUUCAUUUGGUCUGAAGAAAAGGAAUCCCACGGUAGCCUAUUCUGCCACAAGACGAACAAGGAAGUUAACUCUGAAUCUCUUCCCCCUACCCUGUGAGUGUCUGACAC